CACGAGGAAGUGGCUGCGGCUGCAGCGCGGGGCCCAGAGCCGGUUCGGCGCGUCGACUGCCCAGAGUCCGCGGCCGUGGCGCGGUAGGAGCCAAGCCACCAUGGCCUACCACAGCUUCCCGGUUGAGCCCAUCAGCUGCCAUGCCUGGAGCAAGGACCGUACCCAGAUCGCCAUCUGCCCCAACAACCAUGAGGUGCACAUCUACGAGAAGAGUGGCGCCAAAUGGACCAAGGCGCACGAGCUCAAGGAGCACAAUGGGCAGGUGACAGGCAUUGACUGGGCUCCUGAGAGUAACCGAAUUGUGACCUGUGGCACAGACCGCAACGCCUACGUGUGGACACUGAAGGGCCGCACGUGGAAGCCCAAGCUGGUCAUCCUGCGGAUCAACCGGGCCGCCCGCUGCGUGCGCUGCCCCAACGAGAACAAGUUCGCUGUGGGCAGCGGCUCCCGUGUCAUCUCCAUCUGUUAUAUCGAGCAGGAGAAUGACUGGUGGGUUUGCAAGCACAUCAAGAAGCCCAUCCGCUCCACCGUCCUCAGCCUGGACUGGCACCCCAACAAUGUGCUGCUGGCUGCCGGCUCCUGCGACUUCAAGUGCCGGAUCUUUUCAGCCUACAUCAAGGAGGUGGAGGAGAGGCCUGCACCCACCCCAUGGGGCUCUAAGAUGCCCUUUGGGGAGCUGAUGUUUGAGUCCACCAGUAGCUGCGGCUGGGUACAUGGCGUCUGCUUCUCAGCUAGCGGGAGCCGCGUGGCCUGGGUGAGCCAUGACAGCACCGUGUGUCUGGCUGAUGCUGAGAAGAAGAUGGCUGUUGCGACCCUGGCCUCUGAAACACUGCCGCUGCUGGCGCUGACCUUCAUCACAGACAACAGCCUGGUGGCAGCGGGCCACGACUGCUUCCCGGUGCUGUUCACCUAUGACGCCGCUGCGGGGACUCUGAGCUUCGGCGGGCGGCUGGAUGUGCCCAAGCAGAGCUCGCAGCGCGGCUUGACGGCCCGCGAGCGCUUCCAGAACCUUGACAAGAAGGCGAACUCUGAGGGCGGCAUGGCCGCGGGCUCGGGCCUGGACUCGCUGCACAAGAAUAGCGUCAGCCAGAUCUCAGUGCUCAGCGGGGGCAAGGCCAAGUGCUCACAGUUCUGCACCACUGGCAUGGACGGUGGCAUGAGUAUCUGGGAUGUGAAGAGCUUGGAGUCAGCCUUGAAGGACCUGAAGAUCAAAUGAUCUGUGUGGAAUGUCUUCAUCCCAGCUGUUGGGGAAGCAGGGCAAGGGGUCAGGGAGGCUACUGGUUGCUUUGCUGAACGUUUUUGGGGUACUGGUAUGAGUUCCCACAGGGGUUCCUCCCUCAAAAAGGGAGGGGACAGAUGGGGAGCUUUUCUUACCUAUUCAAGGAAUAUGUGCCUUUUUCUUAAAGAAAUGCUUUCAUUUAUUGGAAAAAAAAAUUCCCCCAAAGCACUAUGCUGGUCAUGAACUGCUUCAAAAUGUGGAGGUAAUAAAAUGCAACUGUGUCAAAAAACAAAAA